GCAUACUACAAGACACCACUACACGAUUGUACCGGUGUAAGUUCAACAGACAUUUUCGAAAUAUUGAUCAGUUGAAAUGACAAUGAUGAGACGAAGUGUUUUGUGCAUACUUCUUACAAUACUACCUACUACAACAUCUUUUUGUCAUCAGGGUGUCAACUGCCACCUUCCAGACUGCUUUUGCCAAACCUUCUUUCACCCACUAGAUCGACAUACGAUUCCUCAGAUGGUGUAUUUUGGAUUCGAUGAUGGCGUUCGUGAAUACAUCAUUCCAUACCUUGAUCAACUUUUUGGGGAAACUCGAAAAAAUCCGAAUGGCUGUCCUGUCAGCGUGAGUUUCUACGUUUCUGGAGACAAUACGAAUUACGAUGUAUUGAGGGAUUUCUACCAUCGCGGUUACGAGCUCGCCUCCCAUAGUGUUACUCACGGACACAUCACUAAUCCCAAACGCCUCUUAGAGGAGGCAGAAACACAGAGAGACAAUAUAGUGACAAACGUUCGCGGCGUGACCAAGAACGCGGUGAUUGGAUGGCGAAGUCCAUACUUACUGACGGCUGGUGAUGCUCAGAUGGAGGUGUUAAAAGAUCUAGGAUAUACUUACGAUAUCUCACUGACUUAUGCUAAGGCGAGUUUAGACAACCUGAACCCAUGGCCAUUGACUCUCGACUACGGCUGGCCUUUCAAGUGCCUGAUUCCGCCAUGUGUGCACAAUCGACACCCGGGUUUCUGGGAGGUACCCGUAAAUGCCAUGAGAGACUACAGCAAUGAGGACAGCUGUGUGUAUUUUGACACAUGUAAAAACGAGACAGAUACUUCAGAAGAAACAUAUGAGUAUAUUAUGAAUAACUUCCUGAGUCAUUACAACGGUAACAAGGCUCCUUUUGGAAUUCAUAUGCACGUGGGCUGGUUUAAAAACCCGGAAAAUCUAGAAGCCAUGGAUAAAGCAAUAGGACAGAUGAUGUCGUACAAAGCCGUGUAUAUCGUCAACGUUAAACAGAUCAUCGAAUGGAUGAAGGAUCCACAGAACAUAACGCAGGUAGAGGAUUUCUAUCCCUGGAGUUGUAACAAACAACGAGAGGAAUCAAACAUGAUGACGUUGUCAGAAGUGCUUCUACUAUUGUUUGUUAUCGCAGCUCUGGUCCUUUACGUAUACAUAAUGGCAAAGUGGUUAAAAUUCCGUAAGAAGUAAUCAACAUAUUCUAGUAAUUAAGAGUUUUAUACAAAUGUUAACAGCAAUGUUUUGGUAUGUAUUAUAUACAUAUAUAUUUAUAAGAAUAUCACGUAUAAUAAGUUUGUUCAUUGUGUUCGGAAAUUAGUUAAAAUGGUAUAGAGUGGACUUUGGUCUGAGGAAAUAUCUUUGCAGGCAAUGAUAGAAGACAAAAUUCACGAAAUAUGACAUAUCAUCUAUCACUUGAUUUAAAUAAAUGUAAUAAUAGUUCUUGUUGAAUGUUCAGUUAUAUGUGGUAGACAUCCAAUUCCUUAAAACAGUGUUGUUGUGCUGUAAUGCCUGCAUACUAAAUAAACCGAAACACAUUUUGAAUGACUGUAACUCACUUAUAUUUCGGGUGGAUUUACGCUUGGAGUGUCAAUCGCGAAUGCGAAUCCGUCGCAAUUAUUUUCACGAAAAUAACAACUCUGUUAAUUAUGUACGAGUCUUGCGGGGUCCAUGACUCUAAUACCUCAUCAUUCGGAAACUUAUUGGUAUUUCUAUAUCAGCGUUCGCGAAAUCAUGUACUCGCGAAUAUAUCUGAAGGGGUCAGUUCGCGAAAUAAAGUAUUCGCGAAAUCUAAGUGAUAUACGGUGGCAGAGCGUUUUAUCAUGGGGUUUGGUAUUGUACAUUUUAUCCAGAAAUAAGGUGUACGUCUAAUGUCGAUGUCCUUAUUCAGAUAUCAUCAGUUCAUUUACUCCGUCCCUUUCACCUUUGUUUGAUAUUCACAUCACAACUUACAUAUGUGUAAACAUGUACAUAAUACACACUCAUCCUCAUCCUCACACUAAUCCUCACACUAAUCAUCACACUCAUUCUCACACUCAUCCACACACUCGUCAUCACACUCAUCCUCACUCUUAUCCUCACACUCAUCCUCACACUCAUCCUCCCUGUUUUAUUUUCCAAUGACAAAAAUGUAUUUUUGUGUUAAUAAAAUCAAGAUUCAAUAUUCAAGAAGCUUUAUUUAACGUCGCAUAUUACAAAAACAUGAAAACCUUA